CUCUACCGCCACCCCCGCGGAUGCUUAUCUGUGAAUGCAUUUAUUUCACGCACCCGUUCAGAAGCGCCCGUAGAUUUGUGGAGAGAGAAGCCUCAUAGACGGUGGGAAAAAGGGGGCCUUUUUCAUGAGUUUUGGGGGAUUUCUCGAUACUAAUAGCGGUGGUGGCGGCGGCGGUGCUAGAAUCGUCGCCGAUAUCCCUUACAAUAACAACAGCAACAUGCCCAGUGGUGCAAUCUCUCAGCCGCGCCUCGUCUCUCCUUCUCUCGCGAAGUCCAUGUUCAACUCUCCUGGCCUCUCCCUUGCCCUUCAAACGAGUAUGGAGGGUCAAGGCGAGGCAACGAGAAUUCCUGAGCACUAUGAAGCGAAUAAUGUUGGCAGAAGAAGCAGAGAAGAAGAUCACGAGAGCAGAUCUGGGAGCGAUAACAUGGAGGGAGCGUCCGGCGACGAUCAAGAAGGCGCCGACAAGCCGCCGAGGAAGAAGAGAUACCACCGGCACACUCCACAACAAAUUCAGGAGCUGGAGGCUCUCUUCAAGGAGUGUCCUCAUCCCGAUGAGAAGCAAAGGUUGGAGCUCAGUAAAAGGCUUUGCUUGGAGACAAGGCAAGUUAAGUUUUGGUUUCAAAAUCGGAGGACCCAAAUGAAGACCCAACUGGAGCGGCAUGAGAACUCUAUUCUCAGGCAAGAAAAUGAUAAGCUUCGAGCUGAAAACAUGUCGAUUAGAGAAGCGAUGAGGAACCCGAUUUGCACCAACUGUGGUGGUCCAGCAAUAAUUGGUGACAUAUCUCUGGAGGAGCAGCAUCUUAGGAUUGAGAAUGCGCGGCUAAAGGAUGAGUUAGAUCGAGUUUGUGCUCUUGCCGGCAAGUUCUUGGGCCGCCCCAUUUCGUCCUUGGCCACUUCAAUUACCCCGGCAAUGCCAAACUCGAGCUUGGAACUUGGCGUUGGGAGCAAUGGCUUUGGUGGGCUAAGUACUGUUGCAACAACUUUGCCUUUGGGACCUGAUUUUGGUGUUGGGAUUUCGAAUGCUUUAGCAGUGGUGCCUCCAGCCAGGCCUUCAACCGGUGUCCCUGGUAUCGAGAGGUCUCUGGAGAGAUCUAUGUAUUUGGAGAUAGCUUUGGCUGCCAUGGAUGAAUUGGUUAAGAUGGCUCAGACUGAUGAGCCCCUUUGGUUCAGGAGCUUCGAAGGAGGGAGGGAGAUAAUGAACCAUGAGGAGUACUUGAGGACCUUCACUCCUUGCAUUGGCUUGAAACCAAAUGGCUUUGUCACCGAGGCUUCAAGAGAGACUGGUAUGGUUAUAAUAAACAGUUUGGCUCUUGUGGAGACAUUGAUGGACUCGAAUCGAUGGGUCGAAAUGUUCCCUUGUAUGAUUGCCAGAGCUACUACCACUGAUGUAAUUUCCAGUGGCAUGGGAGGAACCAGAAAUGGUGUACUUCAGCUGAUGCACGCCGAGCUGCAAGUUCUUUCGCCAUUGGUUCCAGUCCGCGAGGUCAAUUUCCUUCGCUUCUGCAAACAGCAUGCGGAGGGAGUGUGGGCUGUGGUUGAUGUGUCGAUCGAUAGCAUCCGCGAAACUUCAGGUGCACCGACAUAUGUGGACUGCCGGAGGCUUCCUUCUGGAUGCGUGGUACAGGAUAUGCCUAAUGGGUACUCCAAGGUUACAUGGGUAGAGCACGCAGAGUACGACGAGAGCAUUAUUCACCAUCUCUAUCACCCCUUGGUCGGUGCCGGAAUGGGGUUCGGCGCCCAGAGGUGGGUGGCCACCCUUCAACGCCAGUGCGAAUGCCUAGCCAUCUUGAUGUCGUCGACCGUACCAACGAGGGAUCAUACUGCCAUAACGGCGAGCGGGCGGCGGAGCAUGCUGAAGCUGGCGCAGCGGAUGACGAACAACUUCUGCGCCGGCGUCUGCGCCUCGACGGUGCACAAAUGGAACAAGCUGUCGGCCAGCAACGUGGACGAGGACGUCCGGGUCAUGACCCGGAAGAGCGUGGACGAUCCCGGCGAGCCCCCGGGCAUCGUGCUCAGCGCCGCGACCUCGGUCUGGCUGCCGGUUUCACCACAGAGGCUGUUCGACUUCCUGCGGGAUGAACGACUUAGAAGCGAAUGGGACAUCUUGUCCAACGGUGGCCCCAUGCAGGAAAUGGCUCACAUCGCCAAAGGCCAGGACCAUGGCAACUGCGUUUCCCUCCUCCGCGCCAGCGCCAUGAACGCCAACCAGAGCAGCAUGCUCAUCCUCCAGGAAACCUGCAUCGAUGCCGCCGGCUCGCUCGUCGUCUACGCGCCGGUUGACAUCCCGGCGAUGCACGUCGUCAUGAACGGAGGCGAUUCCGCCUACGUGGCCCUGCUGCCGUCCGGUUUCGCCAUCGUGCCGGAUGGCCCGGGCUCCCGCGGGGCGGCGGCCGACAACGUGGCCAACGGCGGCGCCGCGCAUCGCAUCGGCGGCGGGUCGCUGCUGACGGUGGCGUUCCAGAUCCUGGUGAACAGCCUGCCGACGGCGAAGCUAACAGUGGAGUCGGUGGAGACGGUGAACAAUCUCAUAUCCUGCACCGUCCAGAAGAUCAAAGCUGCUCUUCAGUGCGAAAGCUGAUCGCCGGGUCAAGUCAGACUGGCGUGCCGGAUGAACCACCGUAUGCCGUAUGCCGUAUGGACAUGUUUGAUGAAUUUCAUUUAUUAUUGUUAUUAUUAUUAUUAUGUUUUUUUUUUUUUUUUUUUGUGGGUUUUUAGAGUGGUGGGGGGGGGGGGGGGGAGUGGGAGGAAAUUUGCUGUGUAAUAGUGAUAUGUUGGGUUGCGAGUCAAGAACGAACCGCAAGUGUGGUCAAAAUCCUUGCAGGCGCGGUAAUAGCAAAACGCUGACCGAGUGUGACUCAGAAGAAGGGGGGUACGCGUAAUGCAAGGGUGGUGGUUCGGGUAUUGACUCAGUUCGACCCGGCGAGUUGGAUCAAGUUCUGGUACUCUUAGCUACUUAGUAGUUUGCUGCUGCUGCUGCUGCUGCAUGGUGAUGAGAGAGGGAGGGAGUCAAACCUGGCCGACUCUUUUUUAUCUUUUAUUUUGUUGAUUUGACUCAAAUAUUUUGAAAUGCCUUUUUGUUAAUUUUGACUAAUUAAUUUGGCCUC